AUGUGGACGCCGUUUCCUGGGGUCGGAUCCUCCGUUUCCUGGGACGCCAAGCCACACUGGCGUGUCAGGUGGGGCUGUGUUGUCCCAACUUCUUCUUUGGUAUUCUAUCAUCAGAAGGACUCAACUAUGUCAGGAUCCUGCGACGCAUCUGUAGAUGUAUUCUCAGACGGAAUAUACGACCAGAGGUUUUUUCAAGAAAGCUCUGUGCGAGACUGGCGCCAGAGCUCAUUAACGCCAUGCUUCAGUCCAUCGGAGGCCUCCCACUGGAACAGCGGCGAUCGUCUCGUGUCGCCCGCUUACGAACCAGCGAUGCAACAAAACAGAACGCUAGGAAUACACAUACCAGAAGGAAAAACUCAGGAGAUGAGUGGAUCAAGGCUGGAAUAUCUGGAUUCUCCGUUCGAGGUCUCACAUGCGUAUCCGACUUGGCUGCCGGAAUCGGCUUCAUCGGGUCUACAGUCUUCUUUUUGGGAGUUCGACAGCAGCGCAGGAUAUUCUCUCCCAUAUCAAGAGACAGAACAUCUGUCAGAUACAUCAGGAAUAGGCGCCUUCGCUCAUAACCUAUGUUCUCCGGCAGAUGACCUGCUGGACGAUUUGUCACCGGUAUCAACAACAUCGGAUGGAUUCUAUAUGGGACAUCCUUACGCUGCCUCUUAUGAGCCAUAUGAAAUGACUAUACAGCCGCUGGAAGCUAUGGGCAGAGAAAUAUCACGCCAAGAUCUAAGGUCAACCCACAACAGUACUUCGGCAUGGUCCGAAGUCGACACAGGGUCAUACUGCGCCAGCGAGCAUCAAUAUGUAUCCCCAAUGCAACAACGAGAGUCAAGUGAGUAUAAUGCCCACAUCCGCGCGCUCGAGGUUGUUCAUCGCUCUGAUUCCCCCGGACUGAGACGAAAGUUUGCCUGUCCGCAAUUGGGGUGCGCUGCCGAGUUCAAGCACAACGCCGAUCUCAACAGGCACCUUAAGACCAUUCACAGCCAGGCCGGGAGGGGCUAUCGGUGUGCUUACGAGGGCUGUUCGAAAGCCUACAAAGUAUAUAUGCGCCUCGACAGUUUCAAGAUGCACGCCGCCAAACAGCAUGGUAUCGUGGACGUCGAAGAUCUGGUUCAGAACUCUCGUAGAGAGCACCAGGGCCUUCCGGUAUCCGUAACAACUCCGAAUAUGAUGUUUCAUAGAGAAGCGACACGAUCUCGUUCACGGCUAUCUGCGGCCUCGCGCCGUUCAAGAACAGCAUAA